AUGUCGGAAUCACAAAGUAUGAAUUAUGCAUACAGCCCUCCGUGGCAUGAUACACAUAUCAUUGGAAUCGCCGGUUCCUCGGGCUCUGGUAAGACAUCAGUUGCAGCUCAGCUCGUCAAGCUGUUGAACCUACCAUGGGUAGUCGUUCUUUCCAUGGACUCGUUCUACAAAGAACUCACCCCGGAUCAAUCCAAACUCGCCUUUGCGAAUAACUACGACUUCGACUCCCCCGAUGCAAUUGACUUUGAUAUUCUGGUGGAUAGGUUGCAGGACCUCAAGGCCGGAAAAAAGGCGGAAAUCCCGAUUUACUCGUUUGAAAAGCACCAGAGGGUCCCGAAUAAGAAUACUACGAUCUAUUCCUGCCAUGUACUCAUCUUGGAGGGUAUCUUUGCGUUAUAUGAUCAGAGGGUUUUGGACCUCCUGGAUAUGAAGAUCUUUGUCGACACUGAUUCCGAUAUCUGUCUGGCGAGACGGUUGGCUAGGGAUGUCAAGAGCAGAGGGAGAGAUGUACGAGGAGCCUUGCAGCAGUGGCACCGAUUUGUCAAACCAAACUUCGAACUUUAUGUUCGUCCGCAAAUGAAAAAUGCAGAUAUCGCAAUUCCCAGGGGUAUCGAUAAUUUGACGGCCAUAGCAAUGGUGGUUAAACAUAUUCAACGAGCCCUUAACGCAAAAUCCGAAGCACAUCUCAAGAAAAUCGCAGAGCUUGGUGAGAAGGUUCUUGAGAAACCAUUGACGGACCAUGUGACCGUCCUUGAUCAGACACCACAGUUGAGAGGAAUCCAUACCAUUCUUCAGGAUAGGAAGACGAGCAGAGAAGAUUUCAUAUUUUAUUUUGAUAGACUGGCGAGUUUGUUGGUUGAGAAGGCGAUGGAUCGUAUGACGUUCACGAGCCACGAGGUUCUUACUCCACUCAAUCUCCCGUACAAUGGUCUUCGCUGCGCCUCUGCUAUUUGUGGUAUUGUCAUCCUCCGCUCCGGUGGUGUUUUCGAAAUUGGUUUAAAGCGUGUGGUUCCCGACUGCAAAAUCGGGCGACUUCUCCUCCAAUCCAAUAUUCGAACGGGAGAACCAGAGCUCCACCACCUAAAAGUCCCACCAAAUUUGGGCAACCAUCAAGUGUUACUGCUAGACCCACAGAUUGCGAGUGGUGCGGCGGCGUUGAUGGCUGUGAGGGUUUUGAAGGAUCAUGGGGUUGAGGAAGGUAAUAUCGUAUUUUUGACGUAUAUGGCUACGAGGGUGGGACUGGGGAGAUUGAAUGCUGUAUUCCCGGAGAUGAAGAUAGUAGUUGCGGGGAUUGAAGAAGCAUGGACAAGCAGAUGGAUCGAUGAAAAGUAUUUCGGAUGUUGA